ACAUUAUUGCCAUUUUCAUUUAAGUCCUUUUGUUUUUCCAUUUCUCUCUCUCUCUCUCCAUUCCUUCUUUGUAAUAUUUAGCUUUGCAAAAAAAGAUCAUCAUUUUCUCCUUCUUCUUGAAAAGAAAAGCGAAAGAAAAAAGGGAUUACUUUGAUCGGUUUAUUGGGAUUUGGCCGGAAAAGAAGAAAUGACUUCCAUGUUAGAAACUGAUCUUUGUCUUGGACUGCCGGGUGGCGGCGGCGGCGGCGGCGGCGGUGGGGGAGCUGAUCAAACUGAGUCCAUGAAGAUCAAUGGAAAGAGAGGCUUUUCAGAAACUGUUGAUCUUAAGCUUAACCUUCAAGCUAAGGAGUCUUCUUCCAUGGAUCUGAAGGAAAAGAUGAAACCAGCUUCUGAAACUACCAACAAGGAUUCUGCCAAGCCACCUGCCAAGGCACAAGUGGUGGGAUGGCCACCAGUGAGAUCAUUUAGGAAGAACAUCAUCAUGGCUCAAAAGAACACCACUGAGGAGAAUACUACUGAGAAGAAGAUGGCUUCUGAGAAAGCAUCAGCAUCAGCAGCCAAUAUUGGAGCUGCAUUUGUUAAGGUUUCCAUGGAUGGAGCACCUUACCUUCGUAAGGUUGACUUGAAGAUGUACAAAUCUUACCAAGAACUCUCUGAUGCUUUGGCCAAAAUGUUCAGCUCUUUUACUAUGGGUAACUAUGGGCCCCAGGGAAUGAUCGAUUUCAUGAAUGAAAGCAAGCUAAUGGAUCUCUUGAACAGCUCUGAAUAUGUGCCCACUUAUGAAGAUAAGGAUGGUGAUUGGAUGCUUGUGGGAGAUGUUCCAUGGGAGAUGUUUGUAGAUUCAUGCAAGCGAUUGCGCAUAAUGAAAGGAUCAGAGGCUAUUGGACUUGCACCAAGGGCCAUGGAGAAAUGCAAGAGCAGGUGCUGAAGGGGAUCGAAACACAAGCACAUCAGCUUGCUGUUUCAAACUGUUGUUAUAGCUAAAAACUUGAAGCAGAAGAAUUGAUGAUGAAGAAGCAGGAUGUUGUUGUUUGUUUGAUCAAGUGUCUUUUUUUUUGUGGGUUUUUUUUCCCCUUAAUUUUCUACCUUUUUUUUUUAAAGAAAAAAAUAGUAUAUAGAUAUUAAAGAUCUGUGGAAAUUUGUAAUGGACAAGAAGCAAUAAACUAUACACCUCCUCUCUCGCUAUCUGUCUGUGGCUUGGUUUUUUAAUUAUUACUAAUAAUAAUCAACUGUUUGUGCUGUUGUUGUUUGUUUUUUUGGUGUUGUUGCUCUCUUGUCCUUGCUGUCACAGUUGUUUGAGUGUGUGUGUGUAUGUGUGUGUUUAUAUUUUUUUUCCUUUUUGGAAAAAGAAAAGAACACUUAAACAAUUUAUUUUUAAUUUUUAAUUUUUUUUUCCUCCUUCUUAAUUAUGAGAUUCUUGGGAUCAUGUAUUUCUAUCUUUCUUUAUCAUUGUAGUCAUGUGUAUCAUCAUAAUUUUAUUGAUUUUUAUUAAUGUGUACGAUUAACUCAAAAGGGGAACAACACCAUGUGCUGCUUCAUGGAGGCAUUCCCUUCAUAACCAGUUAUAUAUAUAUAUAUAUAUAUAUA